UGGUUGACUCCGCCGACUGGAGACGAUUGAACAUGAUAAAGCGUCCUGCUUCACCUUUUAACUCACCCAACGAAAGAGAUAGCGGAUAACAGAUAAUUGUGUAGUGAGUCACUUCAGAUUAGCCAGCAUGGACUCCAUGCGUCAGGAGGAGCAUAUCGAUGCAGCGAUAGCCCAGCAUCACUUGUCGAGGAGAGCCGCAGAGAAUUUCGAGCACCGUGAUGUCUGGGGUCCACGAGAAAAGUCUAUGGCAAAUCCAUGGUCACCAGAAAACCCCGAUGGGACCAUCAUACUUCGCCUCGCGGAGAAUAGCCUCUUGCAUGACGAGAUGGGGCAAUUUAUAAAGGACCAGAUCAAUGUACUUCCCCUUAGUCACCUUACCUAUAGUACAGGCCCUCGUGGAUCACGUCGUCUUCGGCGUGCCGCAGCUGCAUUCUUGAACGAGGAAUUCCACUCUCGCAAAACAAUUACCCCGGACAACCUAUUCAUCACGCCUGGCCUGGCCAGUGCCAUUGACGCUCUAACCUGGGUAAUUUGCAACGACGGGGACGGCAUUCUAGUCCCUCAACCAUAUUACAACGGAUUCGAUUUCGAUAUCCUGAAUCGGAGCAAUGGUCGGGUAGUCGGGGUUAGAUAUGAGGGCAUCGAGGGAUUCUCCGGGUUAGACGACUUGUUCCGCCCUGAUGUGAACAAGCGGGCUCUUGAAGUCGCUCUUCGUGAAGCUAAAAAGAACGGGAUAACUAUCCGUGCUCUUCUAGUCUCCAACCCACACAACCCUCUGGGAAGAUGCUAUCCUCCCGAGACUCUUCUAGAAUUCGCCGCUUUCUGUGGUAGGAAUCAACUUCAUUUCAUCUCUGAUGAGAUCUAUGCGAAAUCAGUUUUCCCCAACACUGCCAUGCCGAGCCAGACACCGUUCGUGUCCACUCUUGCCCUUGAUCUCCAGGAGGCUAUUGAGCCAAACCUCAUCCACGUACUUUACGGCGCAAGCAAAGACUUUUGCGCGAACGGAUUGCGCCUAGGAAUUGUGUGUACCAGUAAUGAGGGGUUAAUUGGCGCAAUGUCUAGCAUUAGUAUGUUCUCUUGGUCACCCCAUGUCCUCCAGGACGUCUGGGCGGCCAUGCUAGAGGACAGACAACAGCUGGAAAGAUUUAUGGUCAAGAAGGGCGAAUUGAUGGCAGAGAACUAUCAUAUCGCAACGUCAUUCUUCCGGGAACGGGGUAUCAGCUACUACGAGAUGAAUGCUGGGCUGUUCAUUUGGGUUGAUCUACGACACCUGCUCAUUCCGAAAUCGUCACGCCACCAGACAGACUACAGCGAACUGAGAGUUACGUCUCCUGACGCUAGCGUAUAUAAACAACGCGAGCAGAGAUUUGCAGAUAUAUGCUCUCACAAUGGUCUUAUGAUCGCUCCAGGCAGCAUAUAUGCGGCAGAGGAGUUCGGGUGGUUCCGGAUUACAUUUACGGUGGGAAAGCAUACAUUAGAAGAAGGCCUCAAGCGUCUUGGGAAGUCGUUGGAUGUGGCGGAGGGCUUGUAAUCUCAGAUAAAAACUGUUAGAAUUACAUGAUAACAAAGAAAGGGCUGCAAAGCUAUUUG